GGGCUGUCAGGUGACGGGCAUGUCCCUUAAAAGUGCUGCCUUAGGUGGGGUAAGGGAUGGCGAUGUUUUAAGAAAAGAGGUUUUGUUUCACCGCGGCAGAUUUUUUCUUACUCUACUUGAAAAUACGGUUUUCCUUACACCAGCUUUGGUUAGCCAGCCUGGCCCAAUUGACGGUGAAAUGGUGAAAACCAGAAAAUUGAGUGGACUGUAACUACUCUAGCCCACCCAACCCAUAAUGCUCUUGACAUGGGAACAUUGCCUUGCGCAAUGGACACGGUUUGUGUGAAGGCAACGCUUAUCUUCAACACAGUCUGACACCAAACGACUUAACUUGAAGGCAUGUGUGACCGUGUCGGUAACCCCUCCUCUCUCUAAAAUUAAAUUUCAGAAGAGAAGAAAAAGAUGGGAAGAAUAUUUGUGGUGGAGCUGGAAGGAAGGUCUUAUAGAUGCAAGUUUUGUAGAACCCACUUGGCCCUUCCUGAAGAUCUUGUGUCCAGGGCUUUUCAUUGUCGCAGGGGAAAAGCAUACCUCUUCAAUAAUGCGGUGAACAUCACAGUUGGAACUUCAGAGGAGAGGAUGAUGCUUUCAGGAAUGCAUACCGUAGAAGACAUAUUUUGCUGUUGUUGUGGCCAAACCGUUGGCUGGAAAUAUGAGGCAGCUCAUGAGAAAAGCCAGAAGUAUAAAGAGGGGAAAUUUGUUCUCGAAAGAGGGAGGAUUGUAGAUGAAAUUGAAUUUUCUACGGAAGUCUACAUGGAUACUCGUCCUAGUGUGAGUGACGCCGAAGAAUGAAGAUACCCAGGAUGUUGGUUCAUCUCUAUAACUAGUUGUACCAAAUAUAUUGUCAAUAAGAGCAGAUGCAUUUCCCUUAUGUAUAUGUGUGACCUGUAGGAAAACCUUGGCAUUCUAGUUUGAUUUUCAUAGACAAGAACUGCUAUAAUGUAUUAUUAUUAGCACAAUUUUGAGUAGAUUCAUUCUCUUUCA